AUGGCCUCAUCUAAAGCAACCAGCGCAUCGCGCUCUGGCCCUUCAGGCCUCACAAGAGCAUACCUCUUCCUCUACAACACCCUCAACCUCUUCGCCUGGGGCACCUGUGUCGUCUACACAGCCUCCCUCCUCCCAUCCCAUGUCUCGACCAAGACUCUGCCCAAGGUCUUCAACCUGACCUUCUCCCCACUGCUGCUGGCCACGCAGUCCCUCGCCCUGUUGGAGGUCGUGCACAGCCUGGUGGGCCUCGUGCGCGCACCUUUCAUGACAACUGCCAUGCAAGUUGCUAGUCGGCUGCUGUUGGUGUGGGGCAUCAUGGCGCAGUUCGGUGGGGAGAUUGUCGGCGCCGGCCGCGAUACCCAGCUGGGUGACUAUGCGUAUCUGGGUUGUGUGACUGCCUGGGGUAUUACGGAGGUUAUCCGUUACGGCUUCUUCGCUAUCACCUUGUCUGGAAAUGCGGUCCCGAGCUGGUGGACUUGGUUGCGAUACAACACUUUCUACAUUCUCUACCCCAUUGGUAUCUCCAGCGAGUGCACGCUUAUCGUCCAGGCGCUUGGCCCUGCUGGCGAGCUGAACCCGCUGUUCCGUUACGCUUUGAUUGCCAUUCUUGUCAUCUACGUUCCUGGCUCGUAUAUCCUCUACACCCACAUGAUUGCUCAGAGACGCAAGGUUCUUCGCGGCAAGAAGAGAGUCGAUUAA